AUGCCAAACAGAGCAAUACACGCUAAAUUCUUUGCAGACCUAUCCGCCAUUUCCCCCUUCUACAUCCCCACCGCCCUUCCUGACCCCCUCCCCCCAACCUGCUCACUCACCCGCGUCUCCCUCCUGAUCCGCCAUUCGUCCAUUCUGGGGAAUGACGACGAGUAUGACGAUUCCAUGGGGCCGUUCAUCGAGAAGAUCAAGCGGAUAAGGGACGAGCACCCGGAGAAGAUCCCGCAAGGGGAGUGGGCGUUUUUGGGGGAGUGGGAGUCGCCGAUCAAGGAGGAUAAGGUGGAGGUUUUGAGUGAGAGGGGGAAGGCGGAUUCUUUGUAUCUCGGCCAGUACAUCAGGCAACAAUACAACUCGCUCUUCCCUCCGCCAGACAAGAAAAAGAGCUCGAGCGAGUCCAAGCACAAGCACAAGGGCAAGAAGGGGAAGAAGGCGCCGCCAUACAAGGUCUGGACAGCCUCUUCUUCCCGUGAUAUCGAGACCGCCCAGGCAUACAUCAAGGGCAGUUUCCCCAAGCACCAAUCCGGACCCAACGGUGAUGGCGAUGGCGAGGUCGUACAGCUCAUCAAGGUCCCUAACAAGGCCAAGGACUGGGAUAAGAGCUUGACCCCGCACAAAGCGUGCGACGCGUUCGAGAAGCUCUCGUCACUCGAGCCCGCCAACAAGUGGCUCGCGCUCUACGCUGGACGUGUGCGCGAGCGGCUGAGCUCUUUGAUGCCUUUCUUGAUUGAUGAGCUGGACGACCAGGAUGUGCUCGGGAUGCAGAUGCUCUGCGGGUACGAGUCAAUCGCUCAGGGUUCUUCCUCCUUCUGCCACCUCUUCACGGACGACGAAUGGCUCGACGUCGAAUACUACUUUGACGUCCGAUUCCAUUAUAUGAUGGGCUACGGCAACUCGCUCAGCCCCUACCUGGGCGGUCCUUGGGUCAAGACGGCGCUUCAUCUUUUGGAUGGGAAGGAUACCGGUGGAGACGAUCACCCCAAGUCCAUUGCGGACGGGAGCAAGAAGUUGCCCAAGCCCAAGCUGCCGCCAAAUGCGACACACACUCAGCUGCUCCACCCUUCCUUCACACACCGCGAGUCCCCCGCCUUCGUAGCUGUCUUCCUGAACCUCUACAACGCCACUUCGCUCAAGUACCCCGCGUCGGCCCCCCCAUCGCUCGACCACCGCGUCGACGAGCGCGCCUGGCGGACCUCCCACCUCACUCCCUUCCUCGGCCACAUCGCACUCGAACGGUUCUCUUGCCAUCCGACCCGUGACUCCCCGGAUGUCUCUUCGGAGCAAGUAGGCUCGGGCGAUAAUCACCACCACCACGGCCACAAGGGGAAACAAGAUGGGAGCUACGUCCGCGCCGUCGUCAAUGGGAAACAGGAGCGAAUGGGGGGAUGUGAAGAUGGUGUGAAUGGGAGUUGCAAGUGGGAGACGUUUGUCAAGUUUGUCAAUGGACGGGCGGAGCGAUGGGGCGACUUUGAGGGGGUAUGCGAGAAGAAGAAGGAGGACUGA